AUGGGGUGCACAGACAAACGUGCCCCUCCUCGUCCUAAUGUUGGGAUAAUAGGGGGUGUAAAGUGCAUUUGAACUUGCAGCUAGAGCUGAGAGGCAGGCGGGCACGGAGCAACGCCACUCUAUCUUUGUGCGCUACGGCUAAAUGCGCUAAUUAAUACCUUUUAAGGACACUGUGGGACUGUUCAAUAUAUGAGUGGAUUUGCUGUUAAAAUUCCUAAAAGUUUACAGAUGAUGCCCCAAACAUUAACACACCUGCUCUGCUUGGUGUGUCUGUGCUCUGCUCUUCCUCUGCAAGGACCCUCACACCAAAUGAAGCUGCAGACAGCCUCACCUGUCAAAGCGCCGCUAGCAGGCCACGCACUGCUGCCAUGCCACUUUUCAAUAUCCUCGGACUCUCUGACCACUUCCACACUCAAAUCCCUCGAGAGCUCAGAGGAUCAGCUGAGGAUCAAGUGGACAAAGCUGGAGGACAAUGGGGAGAAGCUGGUUGUGGUUGCCCAGGGAGGAAAGAUGAAGGUGGAAAAGAAGUACUGGGACAGAGUAAAGCUGUCCUCCUCUCCACUGCUCCACCGAGAUUCCUCUUUGAUGAUCGACAAACUCAGGGUCAGUGAUGCUGGGCUCUACCGCUGUGAGCUGAUGCUUGAUAUGGAGAACAUCCAGGGUACUGUCAGCCUCAACGUCACUGGUGUUGUUUUCCAUUACCGGUCUAAAAGUGAUCGCUAUUCUCUGGAUUUUCCGAGCGCCGUUGCAGCGUGCCUCUCAGCCGGUGCUGCUAUUGCUACACCUGAAGAACUUAGUGCUGCAUAUGAAGAUGGCUUGGACCAGUGUGAUGCUGGCUGGCUGGCUGACCAGACAGUGAGAUAUCCAAUCAAUAUGCCUCGACCAGGCUGUGCAGGUGACCUGAUGGGCAAACCAGGAGUGAGAACAUAUGGGGUUCGAGAAUCCUCAGAGAAAUAUGAUGUGUACUGCUUUAUAGACCAGGUGCAAGGUGAAGUUUUCUAUCCACCAAUUAAAGAGAAGCUCACGUUUGAGCAGGCCACGGCUGAAUGUGAGAAACACGGCACCGUUCUGGCCUCCCCUGGUCAGUUGUUUGCAGCUUGGAGGGCGGGGCUUAAUCGCUGUGACAACGGCUGGCUCUCUGAUGGCAGUGUCCGCUACCCUAUCAACAUCCCCAAACCCCAGUGUGGGCGGGGUCAAGUGGGGGUGCGCACACUCUACAAGUUUGAAAACCAAACUGGCUACCCUGACCCUAACGAUAAACAUGGAGCCUACUGCUUUAAAGCUAUCACUCCGACCACUCCAGCUCCUCUUGUGACCCCCUCAGACUUGGACAGGUCUACACGGACCAUCAGCACUGCAGCGUCUCCAGACUCCGAGAGGCUCCAAAUCCAAACACAUGAGCCUGCGCCAGUGCCCCACACAACUCAUAAACCUGAUUACACAACUUCAGCCUCCCACUUAGAAAUUAGCCAUACCCCCUCUCACGACUCAAUGCAUGUGACUACUACUACUACUAUUAUAGAUGAUUAUGAUGUCCUAGAUUUUGAAAAUGGGACCUAUUUAGAGUCUGUGCCUAUCAGAGGAGAUGUAUUGCCCCCACUGGAAUCCCCCCCUACACCUCCCAGUCAUCUAGACAGCACACACAUAGGACAAGGCAGAAGUCCCACUGUGCUGAGAGAAGGUCAAAGUAGUACCAGUGGCGAGUCAGGUAGGGACAGUCUUUUAGAAGACAGACUCGUGGUCAAUCCCACACAGGUGCAGCACUUUACAUAUCCAAAUAUGGGAGAGGACAGCACCAAGAUGGAAGUGAGGGGUUUUACCCCAGAAGUAGUGACUUCAGAGCCUGUCAUUGCAGAUGGAAGUGUCCCAGUGAGUAGUGGGGACAUGGGACACCCUGCAGUGGUUUUCAAAGAGGACGUCACUCCUGGGCUGUUUGACCAGUCAGCAUCCAGUGCUGUAGAUGCAGAUUCCUCAGACAAACCUCCCAUUCAUGUCAUCAUCGUCAACGUGCACAAUCAAAACCAAUCUGUUGAUGAUGUCCUGAGGUUUCUGAACCAGCCUGGACAGGUGCCACUCUUCCCUCCGAUCCCCGACCUGUCCUUGGGCAGCGACGGCUUCCCUGGUCCCUUUGAGGCAUCUCCCAUCAGCGGUCCCUUUGAGGCAUCUCCCAUCAGCGGUCCCUUUGAGGCAUCUCCCAUCAGCGGUCCCUUUGAGGCAUCUCCCAUCAGCUUGCCCUCAACAAUCAGUUUUGUAAAUGGGAAACAUGAGGUGACAUUUAAACCUGACCUCCCAGAAGAGGCCAGGGGAGAUCAGUUUGAAAUCGUCACAUCUGUCCAGACCGAAACAGUACAAGAGGAGGAUGUGGACGAUGUUGAGACCGCCACUCCUUUUGACUAUGGAGCCAUCGAGGUGCACACAAAAAACAAUUAUGACAACUCUCUCUCUACUGAUCCAAAUGGUGAUCGUAUUUCUGAAGAGCAGCCAACAACACGUCAUGAAGCUAAUGCCACAUUGACUUACACUGCAGCACCGAUCACUUCUCCAGGCUUGGUCUCAUCCCAUGUGACCUUCACUAACAGCCUGUCUACAUACGAGGACAUGGAAGGGUCCGGCACCAAGGGAGCAGAAGAUUCCUCCCUUGAAGGUUCUGGGAGCGGCUUUUUUCCUACUGAUAUUGUAUCAGACGUCAGGACAGAUGAGACGGAGAUUGACGGAAUUGAGGUGACCACUUUUCUCCCCGACCUCGUGACCACAACAUCCAGCGUCAAGGUCCAAACGGAGGAGUUUGAAGGGUCCGCCUCGGGGGAAGAGGAGGCUUCAGGCCAAGACGGUUAUCCCCUAGAAAUGCAUAGAUUUGGAAGCACUCUUUCACCAAUUUUCUCUACAUUCCAUCCUAAAAUGGAUGGUAAUGCAAUGGAUGUACCUUUAGUUCAACAUGCCACAGCUAUGACGACAGAAUCCGGAGCUAGUUCUAAACAUUUGGAAAGAGAAGUGGAGCUCCCUAGUAAAAAUGUUAUUACUUCAAUGUCAUCAACGGCAGGGCCACAGGAACACUCUACACAUUCUUCUUUGGGGGGUAGUACUAUGUCAUUAAUGAAUGUUCACCAAGCUACAACAAUGGAAUCUGACUUUCACAAACAGACCCCAGAUCGUUCUCUUGCUUCAAAAUAUCCUAUCACUUAUUCUACAGUUACCGCCAAGAUGGACACCACAACACUUUAUCCUGAAAUGUCACACAAAAUCAUUUCAGAAGAGCACACUAUGCUGUCCACAAGUACAACCAGAGUCUCCCCCUCAACCACGUCUCCAUUGUACACCUUUGACCAAAACACCAACUCAGUCCCUGCGUGGGCUCUCGUCCCUGAUCCCGAUGCUACUCCUUUGCCAGAUGACUUCAAAGACUAUGACAAAGAGAUAGCACCACCUUUGGAGUCCCAGCCUAAGAUGCCAGACGCAGUCACAUACCCAGCCCUUUCUGUGGAAGCCAGCACUGUCAAUAUCAGAGAUCUGCUGCCAUGUGCUUCAAGUCUGUGUCUUAAUGGUGGCUCCUGCUACAAAAAAGGCUCUGAAAACAUGUGUGUCUGUGCACCUGGAUACAGCGGACAAUACUGCGAAACCGAUGUCGAUGAGUGCCAGUCCAGCCCGUGUUUGAACGGAGCCACCUGUCUGGAUGGGGUCAAUUCUUUCACCUGCCUCUGCCUGCCCAGCUAUGCAGGGGAACUGUGUGAGCAAGACACGGAGGUGUGUGAAUUUGGUUGGCAGAAAUUCCAGUCUCAUUGUUACAAGUACUUCACUCACCGUCGGACCUGGGACUCAGCUGAAAGAGAGUGUCGACUCCAUGGCGCCCACCUCGCCAGUAUCCUGUCCCACGAAGAACAGCUCUUUGUAAACCGGCUGGGCAGUGAUUACCAGUGGAUAGGUCUGAAUGACAAGAUGUUUGAGAGAGACUUCAGAUGGACCGAUGGCAGACCAAUGCAAUAUGACCACUGGAGGCCCAACCAGCCGGACAGCUUUUUCGAGUCGGGAGAGGACUGUGUCGUGAUGAUCUGGCAUGAGGGAGGACAAUGGAACGAUGUGCCAUGCAACUACCACCUCACUUUCACAUGCAAGAAGGGAACAGUGUCAUGCAGCCAGCCUCCAGUUGUAAAGAACGCACGAGUGUUUGGAGCCAUGAAGCCUCGUUAUGAGAUCAACACAUUGGUGCGUUAUCACUGUAAUCAGGGCUUCAUCCAGAGACACACCCCCACCAUACGCUGUCGGGCCAAUGGCCAAUGGGACGUCCCUAAAGUCACCUGCAUAAGUCCGGCCACGUAUCACAAGGCAUUGGUCAGACACCGAAACAAAGGAAACCAGCAUCAGCUAAACAAGCACUUUAACCACCACCUCCAUAUCACAAAGAGCCACGGUAAACACAAUCAAGACCAGAAUAAUGAUGGCAUUUUCCAGCGAAUCUGGAAUCCUUUUCAGCGGCUUCUUAAUAAACAGUAACCUCAGGACCAGGGUCAGAACGAUCACAUGGGACCUUGAGUCAGGUUUCAGUUUAGGGUGUUUCUAACCUUUGGUGCAGGAGCAUGGAUAGAGAGAAACACUCUUGUCUGUGUCUCAAUGCAUCACUAAAACAUAUGGGUUAUUUUUCUUAAAUAUGGCUCAUUUAAGCACAUCGGUGAGGUGUUUUAUCUCACAUGAUCUCAUUACUUCUGCUUAAAACUGCUCCAUGGAGAAUGUGAACUUCAAUGCCUUCUGUGAAAUAAAGAAUCCAAAUGUUAAAUAAAUUAUCACAGCUGUUCAGGCUGUUUUUUAAUUGUUUAUAGAUAAAUGCGAAGAGUAUAAACUUUAAGACAUUAUUGUGAUUUUUAUAGUUUAUAUAAUUUUUAUACAAAAGUUUUAUACAAAAUCCAGCACAAAGAUGUUUUUUUAAAACAAAAAAGGGCGUCUGAUCAUAGACAAUAUUUAAGGGAUAACAGUAUAAAAAGGCACAGCUGUGUGUUUGUAGGUGGCACAAAACCAUACUUUUUUGUACAGUAAGCCGUAAUGUGCCUGGAUCUCCUUUGUCAUUGUGGGAUGGUAUGAAUGGUUAAUGUGCUCUUUACAGGCAAUGUUUUCAAUACUGCAAAUAGGCCAUUUAAUUUAAAUUAUUUUAUUCAACCUUUGAAUGGACUGUGAGACUAGUGAUGUCGUUCUGACUGUUUACUGAAACGGUGUUUAGGAACCUGAUUUGUUUUAUGCACAAUACAAAUGUCUUUAUUUCCUCACCAGUCAAUGCUUCAGACUGUGGUCUUUGCUUCAGAUCUGGAAUCUGUUGUAUUGUACCAACAUUAAAUUGAGCUGUGAAAUUGACUCUUUAUGGAGACUAAUCUGUCAGUAGAAGUUUGGUGUCACACUUUCAUUUAUUUCAUGUCUUUUAUUCCAAAUGUAUAUAUUUUGACAGUAAAUAUGCAAAAUUGCAACAGGUCCAUGCAGUUAAGUAAAGACACAAGAGCUUAUUUGUAUGUUAGUCUUAUCAUAAUCAAGUUACUAUCUUUGUCUUUUGUCACUGUCAGAUAUUUGUGCAAUAAAAUGGUGAAUUUAAAA